AUGUCCCAGGAGAAGGAUCUCGGCCCCAGCGACGGGCUGGCCGCCGUUCCGACGGUUAGCCAUGGCCAGCGCAACGAGACGGAUGUUGCCCUCAACAAUGAGCGUCAGAUGAGCGUUCGCGAUACUUUCCGCUUCUGGCCCAAGGCUAUCCUGUUCUCUUUCGUCAUUUCGCUAUCUAUCAUCAUGGAGGGAUACGAUACCCAUCUGAUGAGCAGCUUCUACGCCUACCCGACCUUCAUGGAACGCUACGGCAACCAGGUUGACGAGAACGGCCCUCUGAUCUCGGCCCAGUGGCAGACGAUCAUUGGCAACGGUGUUCAGGUCGGAUCCAUCAUCGGCCUCAUCAUCAACGGCUUCAUUACUGAGUGGCUCGGGUACCGCAAAACCAUGAUUAUUGCUAUGACGGCUAUGAUCGGCGCCAUCUUCAUCCCCUUCUUCUCCAACGGUCUCCCCAUGUUCCUCGCUGGAGCCCUCAUCCAGGGUAUCCCGUGGGGUAUCUUCCAGACUCUUGCUGUCACUUACGCUGCUGAUAUCUGCCCUACCGCUCUUCGAGCUUACAUGACGUCCUGGAUCAAUAUCUGCUGGGUUAUCGGCCAGUUCAUCGCUGUCGGCAUCCUGAACGGCUUCAUCGACCGUACUGACCAGUGGAGCUACCGUAUCCCCUUCGCCAUUCAAUGGAUCUGGCCCAUUCCCAUCAUUGUUGGUACCUUCUUCGCUCCUGAGAGCCCUUGGUGGCUUGUCCGCCACAACCGCAUGGAGGAGGCCAAGGAGGCUGUUCGCAGGCUUACCAAGCCCGAGAGCGGUGUUCAAUUUGACCUCGAUGCUCAUAUGGAGAUGAUGCGCGUCACCAACCAAUUUGAGAUGGAGAUGAGCACCGGCGCUCACUACUGGGACUGCUUCCGCGGCAGCAACCUUCGCCGUACCGAGAUCGCCUGUAUCACCUGGAUGACCCAAUCCUUCUGUGGUGUUCCAUUCAUGGGCUACGGUGUGCAGUUCAUGGUUCAGGCUGGUCUCAACACCAAGCACAGCUACGCCCUCAGCCUUGGCCAGUCCGGCAUUGGUCUGUUCGGUUGCAUCCUCGCCUGGUUCAUCAUGACGUGGUUCGGCCGUCGCACCAUGUACCUCGGCGGUCUUUCGGCCAUGUUCGCCAUCCUCAUGAUCAUGGGCUUCCUCGGCAUCCCUGCGGAGACCUCCGGUACCUCGUGGGCUGUCGGUGUUCUCGUCAUUGUCAUGGUCUUUGCCUUCCAGCUUUCCGUCGGCCCUGCCUGCUACACCAUCGUCGCCGAGAUUCCCUCGACCCGCCUGCGUAUCAAGACCGUCGCCCUUGCUCGCGCCUUUUACAACGCUGGUGGCUUCAUCACCAACGCUCUCAUGCCCCAGAUCGUCGGCCGCAAGGCCUGGAACUGGGGUGCCAAGGGCGGCUUCUUCUGGGCCGGUAUCACUGCCCUCUUCCUCGUCUGGACCUUCUUCCGCAUGCCCGAGGCCAAGGGCCUGACCUACUCCGAGCUCGACCUGCUGUUCGAGCACGGCGUCGGCGCGCGCAAGUUCUCGCAGGAGGCUGCUGAUGUCCUGAAGCCCCAGCUCCAGGAGGUUGCGGACCGCUCCGAGAAGGUUGCCGAGGUCGAGCGCGAGGAACGCGAGGUUCGCAGUGCUUAA